AUGUCAGCAACCGAAAUCCCACGUACCACAGGCCCGGGAAGGCUGAUAGCAGCUCACGACCGAAGAGCUGCAAGUAGUAUCGACUCGACCAGCUCGCACUCCCGAACCAUGACCAUUCCCGAGCAACCAGGAUCCUCACACAUAGAGGGUGAGCUACAGGACGUUAUAGACGAUACCACAAAGAAGCCUAAAACUCGUCACUCAAUCUUCCGCAGCAUCUCGCGUAUCGCUUCUUCGCCUGCUGUUGGCCUCGGUCUUGGCCACUCAAGGUCCGCAUCUGUUCCUUAUAGCAGCGGAUCGAGCCUCUCCUCUGUCAGCUUAUCGACCGCGUCCAGCUCCUCACCUUUUACCCCGACCUCGACCUCGUCCUACUUUCCACCUUCAGAUCCCCCUCUCGAACGCGACGGGGUCGGCUCGUCUGGUGGAUCAGGGACAUCAUCUCCUAGCUGCUCCCCUGGACAGUGGUCGCCGGAGGAGAUUCGUGUUCGUCAGUUGAAAGCAGAAAGCCUCCCUCACAAUGGCAACGACCUCGAAAAGUCUUCCAUACCAGCCGAGCUAGCUUCUACCAAGAAGAUAAGCCAAAGGCGCAAAGAAUCUUGGGCGAGCAUGCCAUUGGAAAUCAAAAUACACAUCCUGUCGCAUCUGAAUGCACGGGAGCUUGUUUUGUUGGCGCGAGUCAGUAAAGAGCUCCGUGAAUUAUGUUUCGACGGUCAGCUGUGGACUACUUUUGAUGCCUCGAGCUUCUACAAGAGAAUACCGUCACACGUCUUGACUAACACCUUGGUCCGGGCGGGCUCCUUCGUCCAACACCUAAAUUUAAGAGGCUGCAUACAACUUUCAGGCUCGACUCCUUUCGACCAAGUUCCAAAAUUAUGCACGAAUCUCCACAGCCUGACCCUGGAGGGUUGUUUCAUCAAGCGCAACAUACUGCACAGCUUGCUCGAGAGCAAUGUGAGGCUGGAGCGGAUCAAUCUGACGGGCCUCAAGUCUGUGUGCAACUCCACUUGCAGAAUCAUUGCCGAAAUGUGCCCGCGCCUCGAGGUUUUCAAUGUGUCGUUCUGCACCGACCUGGAUGCUCGUGGUAUUAAAUCAGUUCUUGACCGUUGUCCACUGCUGACGGACGUUCGCGCUGCUGAGGUCAGGGGUUUUGAGAGACAUGAUGUUGCGGCCGCCAUAUUUCGUGCCACCAACCUGACAAGACUUACACUUAACGGAUGUCGAGAAAUUGAUGACGCAUCGUUCAAGAUCAUGUUGCUUGGAACUGAUCCGAAAUUCGACCUGUUGACAGAUCUUCCUAUGGUUGCGCCGAGAAAGUGGCGCCACCUGGGAUUGAGUUAUUGUGAUGGUAUCACCAAUGAAGGAUUUGGGGCCAUGGGCCACCUCGUCCCUGACCUCGAGAGCCUAGAACUUAGCAGAUGCGGCUCUUUGUCGGAUGCGGGUCUAGGUCCUGUGUUGGCUACGACUCCUAGGCUCACUCAUCUAGAUCUCGAGGACUGCGCGCUGUUGACAAACACGACUUUGUCAACUCAUUUGGCUAAGGCACCGUGCGCCCCGUUGCUUAAGCACCUCACAGUCAGCCACUGCGAGAAUUUGGGCGAUGCGGGCCUAAUGCCCGUCGUUCGCGCGUGCAAGAGCUUACAGGUCCUGGAGAUGGACAACACUAGAGCCAGUGAUCUUGUAAUAUGCGAACUUUCGGCUAUGAUACGAGCCCGUUCGAAGCAUACUACGCAACUACCCCAGAUAUCUCUAAGAGUGGUUGCUUACGACUGCUCGAACAUUACUUGGAUGGGUAUCAGGGAGGUUCUUUCGCGAAAUUGCGAGGCUGCCCCGCGAGUCCGAAAACAAACAAGCCAGAAUGCAUGGCGGGCUGAAGCAGAGCGUGUCUAUGCGCUGAUAGAAGAGGUAUCCAGCAGAGCUGGCCCUCAGGGGAGUGGGCAAGCAAACGUUGCCAGUGAAACGAACGGUACCAGCUCGGCCAAACGCCAACAAAAGAAAACGGGUGGCAGCCCAUCUGAACCGCCAAAACAAUCCUCACACCAGCAGACUUAUCCGAGCGACAUCAUCGGCAUAAAGUGCUACUACGCUUGGCAGCAGACGGUGGACGAGCACACGAAACGCGUGCUGGCAGGCGAGCUGACCCGUGCCUCGCGUCUGGAGCGUAGCUGGGCGGCCUGGAUGCAGGCCGACGAGGAACAGGAGGCCGGUGGCGGCAUCAGGCUCACGAGGCGACGGCGGACACGGGCUCGAGAGGCGCAGAUGGUCCAUGCCGAUGAGGAGGUUGGCGGAAACGGCGCAGGCGCCAGGAGAAGGGCGCGGACUGCAAGCUCAUGCGUUGUCAUGUAA